CGGAGUUACUAACGGGAAACAACGCAAGGAGGACUGGGGGAUUUAUUCAAAUAUAGUUUUUUAAUUGCAGAUGCACGUGCUAUUUUAAUUAAAAACACGCGCUUUUGUUUACGUGCAGAUCCCGCAACGAUUCACUGCUCAUUUCAGGAUAUUUUAAUCUGUUGAAUGGCUCUGAGUGGGAUACUGUAGCCUCCAGAACGCACGGACUACACGCGCCCCCCUCCUGUUGGACUAUAAACACGCGCCGGCGUUUCCAGGGCGACCCGACCUAACUUUGUGUUUGAGGAAAUAUUAACUGUGCCAGCAUUUACAGAGGGCAGCCGCUCAGUGUCGCGGUGACCAUGCCCGGGAUGAUGGUGUCGCUUACCGGCGCAGCCUUCCUCCUCUUGUCCGGGCUGGUCGGUCCGCUCUGCCUGGUGCAGGCUUUCGGAGAUGAGGUAGAGGAGAUGACCUGCGACCCGAUCAGGAUCAGCAUGUGCCAGGGUCUCGGAUACAACGUCACCAAGAUGCCCAAUCUGGUCGGCAACGUGCUGCAGUCGGACGCCGAGCUGCAACUGACCACGUUCACACCGCUCAUACAGUACGGCUGCUCCAGUCAGCUCAAGUUCUUCCUGUGCUCAGUGUACGUGCCGAUGUGCACUGACAAGGUGCCCAUCCCCAUUGGCCCAUGUGGUAGCAUGUGUCUGUCUGUCAAGAGAAAAUGCCUCCCAGUGCUCCAUGAGUUUGGUUUCAUAUGGCCUGAGGUGCUCAACUGCAGCCUCUUUCCGCCUCAAAAUGACCACAACCACAUGUGUAUGGAGGGUCCAGGCGAUGAGGACCCACCCUACCAGCCAGUCCGCCAUCCUCCCCACCAGGAGGAGUGUCAGGCCCUGGGAUCUGCACCUGACCAGUAUACCUGGCUGAAACAGACUGAAAGCUGUACUCUGCAGUGUGGCUACGACAGCGGGCUCUACCGACGAGGGGCCAAAGUCUUCACAGACGCAUGGAUGGCGGUGUGGGCCGUGCUAUGCUUCCUGUCGACCACUCUGACGGUCUUGACCUUUCUAUUGGAUUCACAGCGUUUUUCCUACCCUGAGCGGCCCAUCAUCUUCCUGUCUAUGUGCUGUAAUCUGUACAGUGUGGCAUACCUGGUAAGGUUGACUCUGGGGAGGGAGCGUGUUUCCUGCGACCUGGAUGCCACAGCGGUUCCAAUUCUAGUGCAGGAAGGGUUAAAGAGCACCGGCUGUGCCAUAGUCUUCCUCCUCCUCUAUUUCUUUGGCAUGGCCUCCUCACUAUGGUGGGUGAUCCUGACGCUCACCUGGUUCUUGGCUGCUGGACUGAAGUGGGGCCAUGAGGCUAUUGAGAUGCACAGCUCCUACUUCCACAUAGCAGCCUGGGCCAUCCCAGCGGUUAAAACCAUAGUCAUCCUCAUAAUGAGACUGGUGGAUGCAGAUGACCUGACUGGACUCUGCUAUGUUGGCAACCAGCAGCAGGAAGCACUCACAGGCUUUGUGGUGGCUCCACUGGCUUCAUACCUUCUCAUAGGCACCCUGUUCAUCUGCGCCGGCCUGGUGGCUCUUUUCAAGAUCCGUUCCAACCUGCAGAAGGACGGUGCCAAAACAGACAAGCUGGAGCGUUUAAUGGUGAAGAUUGGAGUGUUUUCUGUUCUCUACACUGUCCCAGCGUCCACAGUCAUUGGCUGUUACCUCUACCAGCUGUCUCACUGGGGGGAGUUUAAGGCCAGCACCAGGGACUCAUACGUGGCAUCAGAGAUGCUUCGAAUCUUCAUGUCACUGCUUGUAGGGAUCACAUCAGGCAUGUGGAUCUGGUCGGCGAAAACCCUCCAUACCUGGCAACGCUGCUCUGCCCGCCUGCUCAGAGACAGCAGGGCGAGCCGAGGGGGCAAGAGGGCACCAGGGGAGGGCUGGAUCAAACCGGGGAAAGGCAAUGAGACAGUUGUGUGAGGAGGAAUAAAAAGGGAGCAGACAGGAAUGGACUUCUACCUGCUUCUCUCACACUUAACAGAAACUCACUCUGCCUAACGAUGGAUGGUGAGGAAAGAGAAUCAAGAGGUGAGAGGGGGAUGAAUAAUGUGACACAGAAGCGGAGCAGGAGGUUCUCAAGGAAGCCACAGGAUGUAAUGGCAUCAAGAGAAGAUUGCCGAGAGUCCAUGAGCAUGUGUCACCCCUCUAACUGACUCUGAGCCUCUAAAAAGGAGUUAA